UUAGAGUCGAAAGACAACUGUGGCAGAACUGCGUUAACUGAUGCAGCAAAGUCUGGACACACCCCCAUGAUAAAGCUGCUCAUGGAACAUGGCGCCAGUGUGGAAACGAAGGAUAAGAAUGGCAGGACUCCGUUAGCAUACGCAGCCGAGUUGGGGCUUACUUCAAUGGUGGAAUCGAUGCUCGAGAACGGUGCCAAUCCGGACUCGACAGACAAAAAUGGCAGCACUCCGCUGACCAAGGCAGCAGAACGGGGUCAUACUUCAGUGCUACUACUCGACCACGGUGCGAAUAUGGAGUCGAAAGAUGAUGCUGGCAUGACUCCAUUAAUAUGGGCAGCGAGGCUCGGAUCCGUUGAGGUAGUCAGAUUACUGCUUGCCAAUGGUGCUAAUAGGGAGGCAGAAGAUGGGGAUGGUAUGACUGCAUUAGCAUGGGCAGAGAAGGAGAGGCAUCGUGAAGUGGUGCAGCUAUUGUCUAGUUGAACAUUUUUUGGACUAAGAAUUGAUGCCGACGGCCAGAAACAGAC